CUCCGCCUCGCCGUCUCCGCCCUCGCGCGCGGCCGGCGAGCAGCAGCGUGGAGGCGAGGCCCUCCUCCUCCGCCCCGGUUCGGAUCGGGCUGAAAGCCAGACCGCAGUCAUGGCAGAUCUACAGGAGCCUCUCGUCCGUCCGAAGAGGAAGAAGGUUUUGGUGGACUACUUAGUACAGUUCCGAUGGAUUUUGGUGAUAUUUGUGGUGCUUCCAAUUUCAGCUCUAAUCUACUUCAAUAUCUAUUUGGGCGAUGUCUGGUCUGCCAUGAAAUCUGAGAAGCGCCGCCAGAGGGAACACGAUGAUAAUGUGCAGAAAGUUGUGAAGCGGCUCAAGCAGAGGAACCCAAAGAAGGAUGGCCUUGUUUGCACUGCUAGGAAACCUUGGAUUGCUGUUGGCAUGCGUAAUGUAGACUACAAGCGUGCUAGGCAUUUUGAGGUUGACCUUUCUGCCUUCAGGAACAUUCUUGAGAUUGACAGAGAGAGAAUGGUUGCCAAGGUUGAGCCUCUUGUUAACAUGGGCCAGAUAACCAGAGCUACAUGCCCAAUGAACCUUGCCCUUGCAGUAGUUGCUGAGCUUGAUGACCUUACUGUUGGGGGACUGAUCAAUGGUUAUGGAAUUGAAGGGAGCUCUCAUCUCUAUGGUCUUUUCUCGGAUACUGUUGUUGCAAUGGAAAUUGUUCUUGCAGACGGGCGAGUUGUUAGAGCCACUAAGGAUAAUGAGUUCUCUGACCUUUUCUAUGGCAUUCCCUGGUCCCAGGGAACACUUGGGUUUCUUGUUUCAGCUGAGAUCAAACUCAUUCCCAUCAAGGAAUACAUGAGGCUCACGUAUACUCCAGCUAAAGGGUCACUGAAAGAUAUAGCACAAGCUUAUGCUGAUUCAUUUGCACCACGUGACGGUGACCCUGCAAAGGUCCCAGACUUUGUUGAGGGAAUGGUGUACACAGAAACUGAGGGUGUCAUGAUGACUGGUAUGUAUGCUUCCAAAGAAGAGGCAAAGAAGCCAGGCAAUAAGAUUAACAACGUUGGGUGGUGGUUUAAGCCUUGGUUUUACCAGCAUGCUCAGACAGCACUCAAGAAGGGUGAGUUUGUGGAGUACAUUCCAACAAGAGAGUACUAUCAUCGUCACACCCGGUGCCUGUACUGGGAGGGGAAGCUGAUCUUGCCGUUCGGUGACCAAUUCUGGUUCAGGUUUCUCUUGGGCUGGCUGAUGCCACCAAAGGUGUCUCUACUCAAGGCCACCCAGGGUGAAUCUAUCAGGAAUUACUACCAUGACAACCAUGUGAUUCAAGACAUGCUGGUUCCCUUGUACAAAGUUGGAGAUGCUCUUGAGUUUGUUCACAAGGAAAUGGAGGUUUAUCCACUCUGGUUGUGCCCACACCGGCUCUACAAGCUCCCUGUGAAAACAAUGGUGUACCCAGAGCCAGGCUUUGAGCACCACCACAGGCAAGGGGACACUAGCUAUGCCCAGAUGUUCACUGAUGUUGGUGUGUACUACGCUCCUGCUGCCGUCCUGAGGGGCGAGGAGUUCAACGGCGCUCUGGCUGUCCACAGGCUGGAGCAGUGGCUGAUCGAGAACCACAGCUACCAGCCACAGUACGCCGUCUCCGAGCUCAAUGAGAAGGACUUCUGGAGGAUGUUUGAUGCUUCUCACUACGAGCAUUGCCGCCAAAAGUAUGGCGCCGUCGGGACCUUCAUGAGCGUCUACUACAAGUCCAAGAAGGGGAGGAAGACCGAGAAGGAGGUGCAGGAAGCCGAGGCCGCCAUCCUUGAGCCAGCUUACGCCGAUGAGGCGUAAUUUCGUCGACCUUUCUAUCUAUGGUUUAGCUGUGUGUCUCCCUCUUCACCCCAUUCCAGAUGGGAUUUUUCAUCUGAACUUUUUUAUCCUUUGCUUAGAACUUGGUAUGCGGUGUUUGUAGCGCUCUCUAAUCCUGUCGUCGUCCGUCCGUGCUUGGUUCUUCAUCGUCCCUUGAUCAAGUUGCUGAACUUAGUGACUUAUGUGGUACUUAACCCAGAUCUGAAUAAUUUUGUGGCUAUUGGAUUAGUUGAUUUCUAGCCGUUAAUUUGAGCUGUAGCAUCACUUGGAUUAGAGCUGCUCUUU